AUGAUUUAUCCAAUAGUUUUAAUCUUGUCAAUUUUUGCAAGUUUUAUUCAAUGUCAAUUUCGACCACCUUCUGAACCAUUCAUCUUAGCUGCUUAUGAUCCAGGUUAUUCCUUGAGUGAUAAUAAUAAUAUCAUGCAUCAGAAUAUUCAAAGAUUUGGUUAUAAUAAAACAAAAGUCAUCUUGUCGAAAAAUAUUGAUCCCACCAAAAACUAUCUUGAAGGAAGAAUCUUGAAUAAUUCAAGUUAUCAAAUUGAUGCUACUGUGAAAGGAUUAUUUAUUCGUGUUGAUAAAUUUACUCAUCGAUUGAAAUUGUGUCCUAAUGGGAAAACAUCUCGAUAUUUUUCAAUUAAAAAAGAUAUGUUGUUCUAUAAAAAUGAUACUACUUGGUCAGUUUGUUAUGAUGAUUUUGAAGAUGUUUCAUAUAUUUAUCAUGGUGGUAUUGAUGAUAAUAAAAAGUAUUGUUGUCCUGAUAAUGGGAAAGAAAUAGUCUUACGAGCCUUGGGCAAAUAUGAUGCAAGUGGAGCUCUACCUGACUACGAUAACAUCGUAAAUUAG